UUAUCAGGCCAUUUUGCUAGGUAUUUCUGCUCCUGAUCCAGUUUUUAAGAUCAUGAUCGGCCAGAUUGUAGCUGCGUUGUUGCUCAUAGCAACAAGUGUGGAGGUCAUCAGCGCAGCGACAUGCGCAUGUGGAAAGGUCACGGUUCACAUCCGGUCAGGACCCGGAACAAGCCAUGGCACAAUUGGGAACAUCUACCCCGGGUUCUGUUAUCAGUUCAAGGGAGAUGAGAGCAAAGCCAGUGGCUAUGAGUGGGCCCAUAUAGACUAUAAUGGGAAGAACGGAUGGGUUGCAGAGAACUACGUGGACCUGAAGGCGUGUCCGUCGUCGGUGACCACCCACCCCAACACGGGUACACACACUGGCUCCAGCACCCACGCCGGCUGUCCCCGCAUCCUCUCCAAGUCCGAGUGGGGGGCCAGGACACCCACGGCCGGCCAACUACACCUUCACGGCGCAGUGAAAUACGCCUUCAUCCACCACGGCGCCAGUGCUGCCUGUCACACUGAGACGUCGUGUGCUGCCAUGGCGAGGGCCUAUCAGAGAGACCAUAUGGACUCACGUGGUUUCAACGACGUCGGCUACAGCUUCCUGAUCGGCGAGGACGGCAAUGCCUACGAGGGUCGCGGCUGGGAUAUCGUCGGCGCUCACACCAAGGGCUAUAACUCUGUCGGACUAGGGUUCUGUAUGAUGGGCAACUUCAUGGAGCGUCUCCCCGACUCCAAGGCCCUGGUCACCGUGCAGAAGCUGAUAGCCUGUGGGGUGUCUAAAGGCAAGAUCCAGUCCAACUACAUCCUCAGGGGCCACCGAGAUGUUGGUGCCACCGCCUGUCCUGGGACCAAGCUGUACGCCCUCAUCAAGACGUGGCCGCAUUACUAGAAUUAGGACACGUGCAGUCGUAUCUCCAGGAUUUGCGCAUUAUCCGAGUGGUAUUAUUGUAGCACUAAAAUCACGGACAAUGAAAACAUCAAUCAAUCGGAUAAUAACUGUCUA